AUACAUUAUCAUCUAAUAAAAUGUUAGCAUUAGGAGUCUUUAGGACUAUUAUAUAAGUAUGAACGAAAGGAGGAAGUUUUGUUUAUACACUGAUCAUCAUGACCAUCAUGAUCGUUAUGCGUCGCUCGCAGGCUUCCAACUUUCUAGAUAUAUCAUCGCCGGAAAUGCUUGUGACGAGAGAGAUUAUUUUGUUAAAAACCUUGUCUUUGUCCAAAAGGCGAAUGCCUUUUCUUCCGUUUGAAUUCGAUGCGACGCAGUACAUGACAGAGCAUCAGGAAAUUUAAGGUCUCUCGAUGGUUCUUUUCCGCUCUCCGCCAUUCUUCCGUACCGGAAACAGUGUUUAUGUCAGAUAAAAAGCCUAUCCCCGAAGCUAACAUGGCACGGAUCUCGGGCGCGAAACGGCUACGUUGAUUUUUGCCAGUUUCCCUCUUCGUGCAGACGACCGCUGUAUCGCCCGCCGUACACUUCGCAUUUGGACGCGUCUUCUACGUAUGGACCUCUGAUAGCAAGAGUCGAGGGAAUAAAAAAGGUGGUGCCGACGAAAUCUUGACUCAGGAGUCAUAAGGAAAAGUUCAUCAUCAUCAUCAUUCUAUACCAAACUCCAGUAUGGGAGAUCCUGAAGGGUCAAACGAUACCGAAAAGCAAAAUGGAAAUGACACUGCUUCGCAGACACCGACGAAACCAAACCCGGUGAACAUGGUGAAAGUCAAAAUCGAAGUUGACGACGACGAUGAUGACCACGAAAGGGGUGUCGGGGUUGACGUCGAGAAUAGCCGACAGAAAGACUUGAAAGCGAUGCUGACGUCGGAUGCGAAGACGAGAUCGAUUCCGAAGAGGGAGACGGAUGAUGCUGUCGGCAAUGUCGGACGAGUUAGUACUCGAAGGAAUUCGGACAAUGCAGCAGGAGACAAUGGAAUCAUUGAUUCAGCAGGUGCGAUAGAGAACGAAGAAAAUGGAUCGGACGAUCUUAAUCAUGAUCGAUAUUCACCGUUCGAUGGGAUGUGUGAAAACUCCGAGAGCGAUUUCUUUAGCCCGAUCCAGGACCAGAGCGGCAACGUGAUACUAGAAGUGGCCUGUGGAUCAAACAAUGCCUUACUUUACGUCAAUAAGCUCUGUCAGGGAUCCAAGGGGCAAUGCAUUUUCUUCGAGGAGCGGUGGUACACGCCCAACGAGUUCCAGUUUAUCAGCGGGAGAGAGACGGCGAAGGAUUGGAAGAGGAGCAUCCGACAUCGCGGCAAGAGUUUAAAGAUUCUGAUGGGGCGUGGUCUUCUGAUGGCUCAUCCGCUCAUGUGCGAGUGCGACACAUGCCGACUUAAUUUCGCUUCUAAAGGAUUGCGAUCUGGUGAUCGACGAGGGGCAAUGACGACAUCAUCGUCCAGUUCGAACGGGUCGUCAUCGAUGGUUGACAGGUCGAGACUUCGACGUGUUACAGGACCAGAUGGCGAGGGUGGUCAUCUCAACGAAAUCAUCGACCAGCUCCAGCAUAGCAACAACAAUGGCUACUCUAAUGGAAGCCACCACCACGCGUACGACAGCGGUCGUAAGCGAUCUCACGGCGUCGACAAUCCGAGCCCGACGGGGUCCAGCCCGUCGUCUAUGCCGUGCGGGCUUGCGUUGGUGAAGCGACCACGGAGCGUCUCGCCGAGAGACGACGAUAUCUAUGACGAACAGCAACGGAAGAUAUUCGAAGCUGCAAACUCGCCAGAGCCUCAGAAUAUAGAAAACCUUCGUCGUUCACUCAACUUGAGUUCAAGCCGCUCCAACUCCCCAUCAAACAGCGACCACCAGUCUCCCGGCACCGGAUCGCAUCCCGUGUUCUACGGUUGCCAUGGAAACGGACGAAACGCCCCAACCGUAAUGGUCGCGGCAUCAAUAAACAACAGCAACACUACUUUGCUAACAAACGGUUCGGGGCCCGCAGAUCUCAGCCGCCACUCGUCCGCUUCGCAGCAGAGCGCCACAUCGACGCGGCUAUUGCUUUCACAACCGCCUCAGAUGAUAGUGAAACAUCAGACGAAAUCCCGCAAGCAGACUGCACCGCAGCACCUAGACGUCGGUAACCACGGAGACGAGGCUCAUCCUCAUCGGGCCGCCCACAUCGUUCUUUCAACUUACUCUGGACAAUCAUAUAAAGCAAAUGCUGCAGUCCGGCCAAGAUAUCAGUCGACACCUGUAUACAACCACCGCGGCACCACCAACUCGUCUUCUACCCAUCACGCCACGGGAAGCUCCGGGGAGCUGAACCUCUCAACAAACGGCGGUUCGCGGCGAACGCAAUCUUCCAACAUGGCGGCCGUAACGCGAAGCCCGUCAUCACAGCGAACCCCCGGCGCUCAGAUGAAGAUGAUCGAACUCACUCGGCCCGAGAUCGGUCCCUCAUCCAGCAGCGGGUUCAGCAGUAGACCAAGCAGCACACAUAGCAGCUCAAAUAUAGGCGAAGAAGGCAGAUCACAUACUCCUGUCCAUCCUCAAAUUGGCAAUGCAGACACAGUCUUUCUCCCCGCAGAUAUAACAUCAUGGUCCAUCUCGGACGUUUCUCACUUUGUCCAGUCAUUGAAAGGAUGUGAAGACUAUUGUCAAGUGUUCCGGGAGCAAGCCAUUGAUGGUGAGAUUCUUCCCGUACUCACCGAAGAUCACCUUCUUCACAACAUGGGUCUGAAGCUGGGACCGGCUCUCAAGAUCAGACUCCACGUUGCCAGACGUCUGGGCUUCACGCUGGACGGUCAGUACUAUAACACCAGCGUACCUCCUCAACCCACCCCCCACACACCCCAGCUCCCACCACCGACGUUAACACCUCAAGAAUCAGCAGCCACCCCUGCCCCGCCCCGUUCGGUUACACCAGCGACGGGAACUUCAAAACCUUCUAGCGAGGUGUUCACAGAUGAUGUGUAGUAGUCGGGAAGUGCCUUUUACAGUUGCAGACUUUCAUAACAGCCAGCUUACAGAGGAUGUUAAUUGCUUAGCAAGUGCCCUAUAGUCAUUUCAGACUUUCGUAACAUUCGUCAUUACCUGUGCUAUGGAGUGAUUGUUGCCGUUGGGCUAGAUGUGACCCGUCUGUUUAAGGAAUGUUACUUGUUGGUGAAUCCUAGACAGUUCAUAACUGUAACAUAACCAGACAACUCCCAUGGCAUAAUUGUUCUGAUAGAGCGAAAGACAGAAGCCAGGAAGGAGUUUCAGAUAGGAAUUCAGUUUGACUUCGAGUUGCGCUUAAAAUUCCUAGUCGUUUAUGGUGCAUCAACACAUCUCCAUAUUUGUGAUUUCAUGCUAAGGCUUAGAGACGUACGUGCCUUCGUGAGAUAACAUCAAAGAGAUUUAUAUUUUCAAUAUACCAUAUGCAUUCACUUGAACAUGAUCUUCCAUUUAAACAGGACUAUAUAGGUGAAACAGCCAAAAGGUCUAUGAUGUUACAGCUGGAACUGUGAUGUCAUCAUUCAUAUUCAUUCUACAUCAUUUGAUUUAAGUAAGAAAAGUCCAUGUUUCUAAAAAUAUGCAUUUUAAUUUGUUACUGAAGUGUGCAAAUGUUCACAAUUUUGUCACCAUCAUGUUAACCCCAGGUUUUCGAGUUUUUCUUGUGGAUCUAUCAACAAAUCAAAAGUACAAGCCUUAAACUAUAUCUGCUGAGAGAGAAAUAAGUUAAAGUUUAAAAAAAAAUUAUUGUAUGUCAUGAAGGUAAAGAGCAAUUUUUCUUGAUUUUACUUUGAAAUUUAUACUUGUCUAAAAAUUGUAGAAAAGUGCUAUCCACUACUAUUUAUACUUUGUCAGCAGAUUUUACUCAAUGGGGCCGUAUGUUAAUAUGAAUCCUCGUAAAAUAAAUUGGACCCACGUUGUCUGCAGGAUCUGAUAAAAAGGAUUCAUCCUAAAUAAUCUCGCACUCACUUUCUAAAAGUAGGACAGAAAAAGCACACUAAUAUAUUCACAGAACUAAUUAUAUAAUUUUGUUUUUAAGAUAAAUAUAGUGUAUGAACAGCAGAGUAUUUAUUUUUAGAUAUAUCUGCGACAUUCACUGAAGCUUCUCUGGCUAGUGCAAUCUUUCUUCAUAUUCUGGGUAUCUCAAAAAAAGUGUAAGUGUUUUCUUAAUUUGAUGUUUGAAGGUUGCUUACACUCGCCGACUCGAGCCUUCUACUCAAGUCUCUCACCCUGCCUACUACUCGGCUUUCCACUCCUGGUUUACAGUCCUUUUAAGGACUACACUCAUUCAAAAAGAAUACUCUACUUCCCAACCUCCACUUUCUCGCCUUUCCAUUUCACCUCCAUUUCUAACCACCUAUCUCGGUCCUUCCUGGACUUUACACAUUCCACGAGCGUUCUACAUUUGUCUUCAAAAAGACAGAUUUCCCCCAUAUAUGAUGCAAAGAUCAUUGCAUUCAGUGUAUUUUU